UGCAAAGCGCAUUCAAGUCGGACGACGUUGUUGUGUGCGGCCCUAUUAUGCUCCAGUUAUUAUAGUGGUGUGAAGGCCCUAGCCCCCAAAGCUAUCUAAAUAACACCGGACAACCGUUACAAAGGGACUGGCCAUUUCUGCGGGAGGACACGCACGCAUUCGUGGGUGCACACGAUUCACGAGAAAUAGCCGACUCGUGGUGAAGUCCGGCGGAAAUUGAAACAGGAAAAUCGAAGCGAUUGAAGAAGGAUUCAAACAACGGCUUGGACGGAAUCGACGUCACAGGGCAAGUGUAACUGGAGAAGGCUCUGAGACUGAGAGUGCAGACUGCGAGGCACACCUGAGAAACGUCGUGCAUGACAACGGUACAGCAGCAAAAUGAUUGAGAGAAGCAUCCUUCUUAUUUCAUUUCUGCUAGUUCCGAUCUUAGCAGUGUUAAAUCCCUGUGGUGUCCCUAAUACUGGCGAUCCACUUACAUUUCAAGUUUAUGAAAAUGAAACCAAAGAUUAUAUGGUAGGAGUCCUGCGACUUAAUGGUGAUGACAGUGAGAUAUCAUUAACCCAGGCUGGUACUCUUGACCCUCACAUCGGAUUUGACAUUAGCUCACGACAGGUGUAUCUGUUGAAUGACUUGCAACCAUGGAUCGAUAGCUUGGAAGAUCCAAGCCAAAACAUGCCGAUUACACUGCAUAUCAAAUGUAAAGUUCUGCAGAAUGGCCCUGUUACUGAUCUACGACUCAAUGUGUUUGUCACUGAUAUAAACAACAAACAACCAUACUUUGUCAACAAGAUAUUUGCAACAAGUGUGAGUGAGCUGGCAAAUCUGAACACGACCAUAUUUCAAGCUCAAGCAAAAGACAAUGAUUACACGUUUCCAAACAACUUCAUGCUAUACUUCAUCGAGAAUUCGACUUACUCGGAUUACGUUGGAAUGCCGAACAACUACAACGGAGUCAUGCUGCUUCAAAAGUCACUGGACUAUCGUGUCGUUAAGUCAUUUAACAUCACGAUGAAAGUUGAGGAUCUGGGAGAGAUCCCAGGAUCACUGAGUUCAACGCAGACGUUAAUCGUAAAUGUCAUUGACGAGGAUAACCUUAACCCGAUUUUUUUCAAUGGCCCCUACCGUGCGGACGUGCUCUACAGUGCACCUGUGGGCACGCCUCUGAUCAUACAGCCAGCGAAAAUAUAUGCCGAGGACCAGGAUACGGGUAUCAUGAGUCCACUGCUAUACAGCAUCGAACAUGGCGCCGACGGUUACUUCGCGAUCGACGAGCGGACGGGCGUCGUCUCGACCGCUCAGACGCUCGCCAGGGGGCAGCACUUUUCGAUGCUCGUCAAGGCGACGGAGGCGUACAACAGCGACCGCUACGCUAUGACGUCGCUGCGCGUCAGCGUCGCCGGUAGCAACGACCAUGCGCCGGCGUUCGACCGCGCGCUCUACGCCGUCAGCGCGAUGGAGAACGUUCCGAUCGGCAGCACCGUGCUUCGCGUCGUCGCCGCCGACGACGACGGGGAUGAUUUAUUGUACACGCUUCUGAACUCCGAGCAAGUCACCGAUUUUGAAAUGACCGACACGGGUUACUUAAUUAGCACAGCCUAUUUGGAUUUUACCGUACAGAACAGCUACAAUCUCACAGCACAGGUGUCUGAUGGACUUUAUGUCAGCAAUGCAUCUGUAGUCGUUACGUUGCUCAGCGCAAACAGGAAAAAUCCAGUGUUCUCCGAACGCAUGUACACAUUUAGUGCAACAAGGAAUGACAACUCCUUCAUAGGAAGCGUGUCGGCCAGUGAUCCUUCUGGGACAGAGAUAGAGUACACUCUAUUAGACAAUCAGCUAUACUUUCGCGUGGACCAGAAUGGCGACCUCUACUCCACGGACGGCGUGCGAGAUCUCGUUCUCGUGCAGUACGUGCUGACGGUGAUGGCGUGCAACGCCGGCGACGAGGAGCUGGGCGAGGACAGGAGGUGCGCGGGAGCGGACGUGCUCGUCAGGCUGCCAGACCUGCCGCCGGCAUUCUCACGCGGCGACUACACGGCGAGCGUUGUGGAGACCUCGCCGGUAGGCACAGCAGUGCUGCGCGUGUCUGCCACCGAUCCUGCCGGGGAUGAGUUGGUCUACCAGCUACAGAAUGGGAGUCACGUUGCCGAGUUUUCCAUGACAAAAGAUGGAGUGCUCAUCACGAAAAAGAAGCUGAGCUUUGCAGAUGCGAGCUUGUACUAUUUGGUUGCUGAAGUUACUGACGGAUUACAGACGGAUCGUGCGGCGGUGAACGUGGUGGUGGUUCCGAGCAACCGAUACAACCCGGUGUUCUCGCAGCCACGAUACGAGUUCGUCUGCAAUCGCACGGCGAACACGCUGCUGGGCGUUGUGCACGCACAGACGCCCGGGUCGAACACCGCGAACAUCACCUACCGACUCCUCGGCUAUGACAGUUACUUUGCCGUGAACGCUGCCGGCGAGGUGUGGACGAGGCGUGACCUGCGUGACCUCGUGCUGCCUCGCUACGAGAUGAGUGUGAGCGCGUGCGGCCCCGCAAACAGUGUGCUGGGAGAGGAGCCGCGCUGCUCCCGCGCCGCCAUUGCUGUCGCGCUGCCGCCGACGCCGCCCGCGUUCGAACGCGCGUCCUACGCCGUCGCAGGCCUCCCGCCGACGCUGCCUGCCGGGUUCUUCGUGCUGCGAGUGUCGGCGCACUCUCCGGCUGGGGAUGCUCUCUCGUACAACCUAUUGAAUGCUUCUGAAAUAAAGGACUUUGAAAUGACACCUACGGGAUUAUUGAAGACAAAGACUCUGCUUGAUCAUUCCCGCCAGCGAUUCUACGAGAUGACAGCCGAAGUUACUGAUGGGAUAAAUACUGACACAGCUGCAAUAGAGAUCACUGUUGUCAACAGCAACAACAAAAAUCCGGUCUUCAUGAGGGAUGUCUAUGAAUUCAACGCUGCUCGUGUAAACGGUGGUGUGGUUGGACAGACCACAGCCAGUGACCCCACUGGACGUGACCUUGUCUACACACUCAUUGGCCACGAAGAGUUUUUUGAGAUCGACAACGCGGGAGAGAUCACGAUGAGAGACAAUGCCGACAUGCUGGUGAACUCGCGAUACGAGAUGAGCGUCAAGGCGUGCAACGUCGUCAUCAACGCAUCAUCGUCGGCCGAGCAGACGCGAUGCUCCGUCGCUCAGGUCGUCGUCAAGCUGCCCGAACUCGCGGCUGGUACUGCGUCACCAAGCACCGGACUGCAGAACAGCCAGACUCUGAUCAUCAUCAUACUAGCCUGCAUAGCUGGAGUCAUGUUUGUUGCCAUACUGGUGCUUUCCGUGUUCCUGCUCAGAAAUCGAGGAAAGGUAGCACCUAAAGGAAGCCCAACUCCAGAGAAUAGUGGUAUACCACCAGCGUACCCUGACCCAAAAGCAUAUUCGUAUGCACACGACAACCAUGGUCUGAGAGCUCCAAAUGAUUUGGGAAAUGAGCCAAUAAAGUUCUACGAAAACGAUUCUGCCAAUCAGGUGCGUCACGUCGACGUUGAGAAUGGCGACAGCUCGUCCAAUCAGAGCGACAUCCCGAUGGAUGCCAGCAGCACGGAGCGGUUGUACAAAGACCGAAAUAAGAUUAAGGUGGCGCCAAUGCCGCGACAGGCGAACGGUUCUGUGUCACGGCAGAUGAACGGUUCUGUGUCACGGCAGAUGAACGGUUCUGUUCAGUCGGACCUGAACAGGAGCAAGAAACGGGUAACGAUAGGUGGCGCUGAGGAGGUCGAUGAUUGGGGCGGUGAACAUCCACAGACAGACACACAGAUCGAGACGAUGUUGGAUCCGAACGUGAGUGUGGAGCCUCUUGACUCCAACGUUGACCUGUCCGUCCCACCGGGAGCUACAAGGAUGAAGCCUGAGCUCACAAUCUAUUUCUAGGCACUUGCCACCGAUGCUUGGAACGCGUAGAAUUCGUAUACACGCGUAGAAUCGCUGUGUGUAACGAGUCACCGAUGCAACGCAAUGUGCAAUCCCCAGCUUCUCCUACAUACGUAAUUUUCGCGUGGCGAAAUUGGCUCUCCGGGUCGUUUUUGUUUAACGGAGGGUGUCAUCCCUAGGGGAUAUAAGGACGUAACGAUUUGCUGCCAAAUCCAAAUACGCGAGCGCGAUACGGUUUACUGUAAGCUGUUUGGGAUUGGCGUGGGUUAGCUCCGAGGUCACAGGUUUACCCGUUUUCCGAGAGUCGUGACUGGGAGACCUGAGUCGAAUGUAAUUGGAAAUAAUUUGACCUGCUGGGCAGGUGUAACCCUUAAGUACGAAUCAUGUGCCACCGCAUCGCUCGACAUUUUUAUAUACGAAUUGUGAAGUGUGUGUCUCGGUAAGAAUUAGAAGUUGUGAUCGUUGUGUCUGCAAUUUGUACGAGUUGUUUUGCGUGUGAGCUUGACUAUCUGUAGCGUUUCUCUUUAGACAGAAACUUUUAAAUCAAUCGUUACUCUACUUUAUACCCUUUUGUUUGCUUGAAACCUAGUCCAUAUUUGAUCAGUGUGUAUUAAUUUUGAUAAUAAUGUUUGAAUUAUACGGCUUAAUAUGUUGCGAGUUGCAUUUCUUUGGUGGUCGCAUACUCGUAAUUUGAUUGGAUCCUGGUCGUUAACGAUGAUCAUCCGUAUAUUCUAAUUCCAAUGCUAAUGGCAGCUCUACUCUUAAUUAUUCAAUAUUAAAAUACAUUAUAAUGCAAUAAUGCCUGCCAUUCAUAUAUCAUCCUUUAAUACUUUGUUACUCCUAACAGCAAUGAUGUAAAUUAUGUAAAUUCAUUUGAAUGUAUGUAUAAUAUAUAUAUAUAUAAACUGUUGUUUGCUAGGGUAUACAUAUCGCUGUGAGCAAUCAGAUUAUGUUUAGUAGAUUGAAAAAUGUGUACAUAAUAACUAUGUGGCCAGUUUUCGCUGCCGUUCUACAUGCUAUGUAUAGCUGACCUGACUUUUAUCCUGUGGUAAUAUAGCCUAUUGUGUAUUACCAGGGGGGGGGGGACAUAAAUGAAACAUAUCAGCAUGCACCCACCGUCUACAAAUUAAGAUAUCAAGCUAGAUUAAAUUACGAGAUGAUUUCAGGAAUUUGAGUAUGGCUACGUAGUAGUGUUGAUCUGUGGUGACACUGCACAAGUAUUUGUGUGAAAUUGAUGUAUAUUUUAAUAAAAUAUCCUGUUAUACACAUGUAAA